GAAAACAAACCAAACCACACACACACACACACACUGGAUUUAAGCAAAAACCAAAACACCAAAAAAGAAGCAAAAACCAAAACCAAAAACCGCCCCCGGAUUUUGGCCACCACCUUUCCAUCCAAAACCAAAACACACACAGUCACGCACUACCGCUUUUCUUCUGCCUCAACAAAAAAAAAAAAAUAAAAUAAAAUGAAGCCCUCUCUGUAUAAAUACACUUGCCACCUCUCACCACCUUUCUCGCUCAGUUAAUCAUCAUCGUCACAUUCAUCAUCUCAUUUCACUUUUUCCCUUCAACAACUUAAGAAAAAAAUCUACCAAAAUACAACAAACAAACUCCUUGACCCCCAAGAAAAAUCAUUGCUCCUUCUCCUACAAAUCCCAAUUUAUUUUCUCGAACUUUCGCAUUUAUUCUUCCAAUACUCUCCGCUUACAUCUACCACCUUGUUCUAGAAGUUACUCACGAUAAGAACAGGAAUCACCGCCGCCGGAAUUCGAGCCCGCUUUUGACGAUGGACACUAAGAUCGGAGCUGUCGACGCCUGUAAGCCGGCAAGUAAUGAUGUCGGUUGUUUGCCUUCUAAUGGGGUUUCAACCGUUCACCCCUGCAUCCCGCUCAACUCGCCCGAGUCCACUCUGGGUCGCCACCUGGCUCGCCGUUUAGUCCAAGUCGGCGUCAGCGACGUCUUCUCCGUUCCCGGAGACUUCAACCUCACCCUGCUCGACCACCUCAUUGCUGAGCCGGGGCUUAACCUUAUCGGCUGCUGCAACGAGCUUAACGCCGGCUACGCCGCCGACGGUUAUGCUAGGUCCCGCGGCGUCGGAGCUUGCGUCGUCACGUUUACUGUCGGUGGGUUGAGCGUGCUCAACGCCAUCGCCGGUGCCUACAGUGAGAAUCUCCCGGUGAUAUGCAUCGUUGGGGGUCCGAACUCCAAUGAUUAUGGAACAAACCGGAUCCUCCAUCACACUAUCGGGUUGCCCGAUUUCAGCCAGGAGCUCCGCUGCUUCCAAACUGUCACUUGUUUCCAGGCUGUGAUCAAUAAUUUGGACGAUGCCCAUGAAUUGAUCGACACGGCAAUCUCAACGGCGUUGAAGGAGAGUAAGCCGGUUUACAUUAGCAUCAGCUGUAACCUGCCCGCAAUUCCGCAUCCGACAUUCAGUCGGGAACCAAUUCCAUUUUCUCUUUCUCCUAGAGUGAGUAAUCAAUUGGGAUUGGAGGCUGCGGUGGAAGCAGCAGCUGAGUUUCUUAACAAGGCGGUGAAGCCAGUGAUGGUAGGAGGCCCCAAGUUGCGUGCUGCCAAGGCAUGUGAGUCAUUUGUGAAACUGGCUGAUGCUUCUGGUUAUGCCCUUGCUGUGAUGCCUUCGGCAAAAGGGCUUGUUCCUGAACAGCAUCCACAUUUCAUCGGUACUUACUGGGGUGCCGUAAGUACUGCUUUUUGCGCUGAGAUUGUAGAGUCAGCUGAUGCUUACUUAUUUGCUGGACCGAUAUUCAAUGACUACAGCUCUGUUGGUUACUCUCUACUCCUCAAGAAAGAGAAGGCAAUCAUUGUUCAGCCUGAUCGUGUAGUCAUCGCUAAUGGCCCUGCAUUUGGGUGCGUCCUAAUGAAAGAUUUCUUGUCGGAGUUGGCCAAGAAGCUGAAGCGCAACACAACUGCAUAUGAGAAUUACCAUAGGAUUUAUGUUCCGGAAGGGCACCCUCUCAAAUGUGAGCCUAAGGAGGCUUUGAGGGUUAAUGUUCUGUUCCAGCACAUUCAGAAAAUGCUGUCUGCUGAUACGGCAGUGAUUGCUGAAACCGGAGACUCGUGGUUUAAUUGUCAGAAGCUGAAAUUGCCUGAUGGAUGCGGGUAUGAGUUCCAGAUGCAAUAUGGUUCCAUUGGUUGGUCAGUUGGAGCAACUCUUGGCUAUGCUCAAGCUGUUCCCGUAAAACGUGUCAUUGCUUGUAUCGGUGAUGGCAGCUUCCAGGUAUAUAUAUUCAGACAUACUCUUCUUCUAGGUAUUAGAAACUAUUAAUGGGAAUGAUAUUGGCGUGUGAUAUUGCUUAUGGAGACUGAGCAAAAUUCUCUCUUGUAGCUGUGCAAAAAAAGGGAACAAAUUAACACAUGCAUUAUAUUAAUUUUUCUGCAGGUAACUGCCCAGGAUGUAUCGACUAUGAUACGCUCCGGCCAGAAGAAUAUCAUCUUCCUCAUAAACAAUGGUGGCUACACAAUUGAGGUUGAGAUUCAUGACGGACCGUAUAAUGUAAUCAAGAACUGGAACUACACUGGCAUGGUUGACGCAAUCCACAAUGGAGAGGGAAAGUGCUGGACAGCUAAGGUCAGUGAAAAAAUGGAACCCCAGCCUUUGUACCAGAUUCUCUGUAAUUUGCCAAAGUCAUACCAAUCCGGCUUUUUCUAUGUCCUGACAAUUUGUGUUGGCUUCCUAAAAACUUGUGUUAGGUACAUUGUGAAGAGGAGUUGAUUGAAGCUAUUGAAACUGCAACUGGCGCAAAGAAAGACUGCUUGUGCUUCAUUGAAGUCAUUGUUCACAAGGAUGACACUAGCAAAGAGCUAUUGGAAUGGGGUUCUAGAGUCUCUGCUGCAAACAGCCGCCCACCAAACCCACAGUGAUGAACUUUACUUGGUGGUGCUUGGAAAUACUCUGCUCUGUGAACUGAAUCAAAGAUAGUUUCAAGUCGUAAUUGUUUCGACAAAGCCCUUCUAAUCUUAGGUUCCUGUACGCCCUUUUCUUCUAAAAUUGCCUGUCAUUCCCCCUCGGUAAUUAGUAUAAGUAGAGGAAACUUCCUACUUCGGUUCAGUUGUAUAAAGUGAUGCGAAUUUUUUCUGGCUAAUACCAAUUUGGACGGUGGUUUUGUGCUACCUUUUUUUUUCCGUCUGUGUGUGGAAUAAUCCGUAUGGUUAAAGGCCAAUCUGGCAUGGAUAGCAGUCAAAAAGACAAUCGAGUGAUUGACUUUUCUGAUUUUCACUUUAUAAUGGCGGGAUUCAAUUUACUUACAAACUCUGUAUCUCUUAGAAUGCGAGUAGGAUUUUUGUGCUAGCCCGGUUAUGUUCUGGACUGGUUAAGGCCUUUUUUACCAGUACCAAAUUUCAUUCUGAACUC